CUCUGCAGUGCAUUUGCCCGGCUACAGUGGCGCAGGCUUUCACACUAUUCCCAGACCUCUCCUGUUUGGAAAACCGACCUCUAUCGACAUGAACGCGCGCGAGACCAAGAUGUCCGUUUACGCCAAAAAGAUCGUUAAUUCCCAUUUAGUCAAAUGAACCCAACCGCGCCGGCCAAUGUAGCCGACUAGUGUUCAGUUCUGCUCGCGAGCGUUGUGUUUACUGGAUAUUUUGUUUUUACACCAUUUGGAUUGACCGAAAGCAUCUUGUUUUCCCCCACACAUCAGUCGGAUCGGAGAAAGAGGUUCGACUUUUUUUUUCCAUCCGGGAGUCUGGGAUAAUAUGUCAAGACGAAAACAGACCAACCCUUUCAAAGUGAAUUGGCCUUUUCACACGACUGGGUUGUCCGGCCCGCAGCACACUUUUGAGAUGGACGCUAGAGACGACUUCAUUGAGGACGGCGAAUGCAACUCACAGGAACCUGAAGAGCAAGACAGCACAAGUGACGACGGUGACAGUGAUUUCGAUAAAGACGACGACUCAAAUGCCUCGGCUGAUGACAGCAUGACGAGUAUUAAGAGCAGUCACUGCCACAUACUGCAGGAUGACGUCAAGGAGGAGAGCGAGGAAGGAGCUGACCAUGGGAGUUUUGUUUGUCCUCUUUGUUCCAUGGAGUUCAGUAGCGCUGACCAGCUCAUCGCACACGUUUAUCAGCACACAGCUGUGGGUGGCAGUAAGAGUUAUGUCUGUCCUGUUUGUGGACGAGCUCUCAGUUCUCCGGGCUCUCUUGGCCGUCAUCUUCUCAUCCAUUCAGAGGACCGUCUGUCCAACUGUGCAGUGUGUGGAGCUCACUUUACAGACACCAACAACUUCAACAGGGAAAAGUUGAAGGAAUUCCUCGACACAAGCAGUAUAGAGAUCAACAGUGACGGUGAGUCCUGCGCCAUGUCCAACCCUCUACCCAGAAGUCCUACAACAAACCCCAGCACAAAUCCUGGUCCUGUACUGACCUCAAUGCCAGACGGACUUCUCUCUUCUGCUCCCCCUCUUCCAUCACUUUCUGGCAGCCUCAGUCCUUCCAGCACGGGCCUUCCGCCUCUUCCAGACCUCAUGAGCCCAAUGCCUGUGUACCCAGCUGGGGUUUUGUUGGUCUGCAACAGCUGUGUAGCCUACCAGCAGCUCGUGGAUGCCCAGUCGCCGUCCAUGAGGAAAUGGGCGAUCCGUAGGAAGAACGAACCCGUGGAGGUGCGGAUGCAACGGCUCGAACGGGAGCGAACUGCCAAGAAGACAAAACGGGCAUGCGAGACACCGGAGGAGCGAGAGAUGCGGCGCUUGCGAGACCGUGAGGCAAAGCGAAUGCAAAGGAUGCAAGAGACUGACGAACAACGGUCACGUCGUCUACAGCGUGACCGGGAAGCCAUGCGACUCAAACGGGCCAAUGAGACACCAGAGAAGAGGCAGGCACGGCUAAUCCGUGAGCGGGAGGCCAAGAGGCUAAAGCGACGCUUGGAGAAGAUCGACCCAUCGCUGAGAAACCAGAUUGAACACGAUCCUGCUGCAAUGGCGGCGCUCACUGCUGAUAUGAGUCUGUUCCAGUUUUCAUUCCCCAUGUCCGUUCCCUCCAUGGACAAUGGACUGUUUAUGAAGCUUCCCUAACAAGCACAGCGCGACCUUUGAGAAGAAACUGCUAUUCUUGAAGAAUAAUGAUCUUGAUCACUUGUAACUGCGAUAGGAAUGUUAUGGUCUUGUAGUUUCCAGGAGGUGCUCGCCCUGACAGCAAUUUGGAGUGAUGUUGGCUCUAGACUUCAUUUUACAACAGCGGAUUUGAAGCAGCAUGAAAGACCCAAGAGCUGCAAUACAACAAUGUUGAACAGAGUUCAACUUUAGGCAGCAAUGCACAGAAGGACUACCACUGGGAGUGCAGACAGAAAAGAUAACAUGAUCUGCUGCCUGAUUCAUUUGGAUAUUGCAGAUGAGGUUGCUCUACAAGACAGGCAAUUCCUUGGAACCCCAAGGGUGGUGGAAUACAGUAGUCAACAGUGAGAACAAAUAAGACCAAAGCUGGGCAAUGUUUAGUAGACUACAGUGAAAUUUUCAAGAACCGCCUUAUCCCUUUAGCUAUGACCUCAGAGAAAACUCUAAUAGCAGGGAUCAUGUAGAUGAUUUUCCCAUAUGGUGGUCAGAUAGGGGACAGCUGGAUCUGAGUCCUCAACUAUCAUCUCUGGUCAAGUAGGAAUACCUACUAGGAAUUGACAAUAUGGCGGCUUGCCGAACUCCAUAGAAGUGAUUGAAUUGCUGUCAGUAUGAACAAACCUUCAUGUAACAUGACUUGAUUUACAUAAUCAUCUGAACUUUAUAAGAAAUUCUGACAUUCAUCAAAAGACAAAUACACUUCCCUGUCUAUAAGCAUGUUUUAGAAGAUUAGUCUACUUUACUUUCAAGGCUCAGACUUUUUGCCAUCUUUCUUCAGAGACCCUUCAAUUCAAUGGGUUCUUUGUUUGCACACGGACCUUACAGUGACAGGAGUGAGACGUGUAGCCACACUCCACACUCAGCCUACUGUUCAAAUCUGCCAGUCUGAAUGACCCGAAUUUACCUGCAACUCACCUCCCAGGACCUUAAAUUGGGUCGCUACUAGCUCAUAUUUUCACAGAACCAACUACCUCACCAUGGGCUUUUUGCAUGGCCUAGUCAAACCUGUGGAUCACAGGCACCAUGCAGGUCCACACACUGACUCUACGUUCCCUAUGCCAACACCUACUACAGUCCAGGGGUGUCCAAUCUUGCUCCUGGAGGACCACCUUCUUCAACAGUUUAUUCACAGUCUUAAUUAACUAGACUCUUGAGCCAUCUAAACAAGGUAUUCAAUAGGUGUGUCCAAAGUCACAUACUUAUAAGCUAUUCUACGCCAUUUUGUUAUAUAAAUAGUAUUUCAAGUUGUUAAUUCAUACUAAACAAUUCUAAAAAGAAUAAGUGCAAUUUAUAUACUUGGAUGAUGCACUUAUUCGACUUAAUAAAUAGAAGUCUAGUAUGUUGCACUCAACAGUCGCAGCUUUGUUAAAGUAGCGGAAGGUAAGGAGCUAUCGAGCACUGAGGUGGGAUUACUUUUAUUUAUUUUGGAUUGUGCAUGCAAAAUCUUCCUACAUAAGCAAUUACAAGUACACAUGACAAGGUACUAUGAGGAAGUUUGGUCUUUUAUUUUACAAAUUUGCCAACAUUAAACGUCAUACGGGAAACGGUUUGGAUUUCCCUUUAUUGAAAAUUUGGGAGGAUACUUAACUCAUGCACUACAUAAUUGAGUGUAUAAGUGCACAGUGUAUCAGUGCGUAAUGUAUAGUUUGUCGAUUGGGACGCAACUAAUGUGACUCAACCUCUAGCCAGUGUACAUUGGAGUAAAUCUUUGGUCCUCCUGGAGCAAGAUGGACACCCGUGCUAUAAUCAUUACCUUAUAUGUUUAUUGAAACAACAACUUACUUAAAUGCUGUUUGAAUGCCGCUGACCCAGAUGGUGAAAUCUACGUGGGCUUGCAGCCUUGUGGUUUUUGCAAAUGCAGUUUAAGGUCAACAAGAUCUUGCUGACAGCCUAUUUGUCAAUAUUUACGAGGAUGCAACCUUCACUAUGCCCCUCGGUUCACCCUUUAGUUGAGCCUGGAUUUGGAAGCAGACCAAUACCCGAUUGUCUGUGUGGCAUUACAACACCAAAGUGUGGACUUCAAGGGCUGAGGGUGCCAUUUGGGACAAGGCCUCUAUUGGAGAUGUUGUCCCUUUCAAAAGAGGAACGUCAUUACUGUGGAUGUACUGUUAGAUAUUGUUUCGAAGCACAUUCAGACGCACUUCUCUGACCUCCUAACGGCUUUAUCUAGCUUAUCGCAAUGCUACACGGGUUGAUGCUUGUCUAGGAACUCAGGGAUGGUGUGGAUCAUCUGCAUCUUUACGCCCUGAGAACACAGAGGAGCAGGAGACCUCCUCUUCAUAAUCAUACUCGAUCAGACACA